AUGGCGAUGAGUCCGUUCCCUUGUCCAAUUUCAAAUUUUAAUUCUGAAGAAGUUGUAGAGAUUCGUCGUCAAUGUAAAGAGGAAAGCUUCUGGUACAGAGCUCUUCCUCUGUCACUGGGAGGUAUGCUGAUCACUCAAGGAUUACUUGCCAAUGGUGUUCUCAAACCAAGCCCUAAAUUCGGAUCACUCCCUAAAAUAGCAAUUGCUGCUGCCCUGGGCUAUGGUAUUGGGACAAUGUCAUACAUAAGAACAUGUCAGAAGAAGUUUGAAAGCGCUGGUCUUAAACCAUUUGGUCCUGGAUGGAAAAGGCACUGUCCUCAUGUCUGCAAGGAAUGCAAAGCUAAGUUUGAAUCAAGUGCAUCAGAAAAACCAGAGGUUUCUGCUUCUUAAAACAGAUAAUGUGGAAGAAAGCAUUUUGUAACGGUACCUGUUCAAACACAACGACUGCAAUUCUGAAAAACCUGCUUUCAUUCAAAACCCUUUGUAUGUUUAACACGAUUUUUUUUAAAAAAAUAAAAGUUACUUUGAUGUUU